UGUUUAUGUCAGUCAACUACUGAAGUUGGUAUCAAUAGUACAAAAAUAAAAAAAUGGUUCUUAAGUUCUUCGUUAUCGUUGCCUUAUUGGGUGCUGCAGCGGCGCACCACGCGUUCUCCUCCCAACAUGUGCACAAGUACGACGGUCACCACGAGCCCGUGUACCAUCACGGACACGGACACGAACACCAUGACUACUACACGUACCCGAAGUACGACUUCGAGUACAAGGUGGAUGACCCGCACACCGGCGACCACAAGUCGCAGCACGAGUCCCGCGACGGCGACGUAGUGCACGGCUACUACUCGCUGCAGCAGCCCGACGGCUCGCUCAGGGACGUGCACUACCACGGCGACGACCACUCCGGGUUCCACGCGGAGGUCCACUAUAGUACUAAUCACGGCCAGCCUGAACAACAUGACAAAACACGAGUUAGGUGUAAAGUGUCAGUAAAUUAUUGCACAUUGUAUCAACAAUACAAAAUGGUUGCUAAGUUGGUAGUCUUCGUUGCCUUAUUGGGUGCUGCAGCGGCGCACCACGCGUUCUCCUCCCAGCACGUGCACAAGUACGACGGGCACCACGAGCCCGUGUACCAUCACGGACACGGACACGAACACCAUGACUACUAUACUUACCCGAAGUACGACUUCGAGUACAAGGUGGAUGACCCGCACACCGGCGACCACAAGUCGCAGCAUGAGUCCCGCGACGGCGACGUAGUGCACGGCUACUACUCGCUGCAGCAGCCCGACGGCUCGCUCAGGGACGUGCACUACCACGGCGACGACCACUCCGGGUUCCACGCUGACGUCAAGUACAGCACCCAUCACGUCGUGCCCCAUUAUCAUAAUUAUUACUAGACUGACACAAAAAACAAUGUGAUAUAUUCUUUUCCAAUAAAUAUAUAACCAAAUAUUUUUACUGUAAA